UGCUUGUUUCCCCCAUUAGUACCUCCCACCCAUCUGCAUGCAACACCCAACUCACUGCUCCUCCUGCCAUACAUACCGCGUCAAACCACAACAUUGUUCCUCCGCUCACGAGCAUCGCAUUCACCCUCGAGGACGAAUCAACUGUACGCGCCGCCACCUCAUCCGCAUGCCGCCGGCCAAGUGGAGUUCGACUCGCGCGACGUAGACACUGGCUGACCACUUCGCAGAAAGGGUCUCGAGAGACAAGUCUCACCCGCAUUCCAGUCGCCUCUCGUUUCUGCACCG